UUGCCAGUGAACAAAGCCCUGCCUCAGAUUCAAGCAAGGAGAGCGGCGAAUCGGGGUAAAAAUCGAUGCAUGGAAUCACUGCCGUUUGAUCAUAACCGCGUUCAGUUAAGGCGUCAUUGCGGUGCAGAUGACUGUCAGACCGAUUACAUCAACGCAAGCUACAUGGACAGUUAUCUACGUCGACGGGUCUAUAUAUGUGCUCAGAGCCCCUUCAACACAGCGACAGCGAGUGACUUCUGGAGCAUGGUGGUUCAGUGCAAUAUUGCCCAGAUCGUCCUUUUGGAUAAUCUGAUUGAGGCUGGGGUGGUGAAAUGUACAAAAUAUUGGCCAGACCCAGUAAAGAUCGAAGGGGAUGGGGGAGAACGCCGGCAGUACGGCAGCGUUAUAAUUGAAGCAGAGGAUAUUGUGGAGUAUGCGCACUUCAGCGUGCGACGCUUCCGCAUUACUGAUUCAUCAGCGUCAGGAGGGUUGCGGCAGUGCGUGUUGCAAUACCACUACCACCAAUGGCGCAGCCGUGACAGCGAGAAUGAAGAGGACCUCGUAGAUGGAUUUGACCACCUUGCUUUCAUUGACUUCUACUUCCAUGUGAAGAUGGCCACAUGUCUGGAGGACGGGCCCAUUUUGGUACACUGUGAGGACGGGGUGUCGCGUUCUUCAGUAUUCGUGGCAUUUGACACGCUCUUUCAGCAGUUGAUGCACGAACACGCAGUUACGGUGGCGCGGACAUGCACCGCGUUGCGGCGCGCGCGACAACACUCAGUGCCCUCAGCGCGCCACUUUGCUCUCCUCUACGACCUCCUAUUCGAGGCCGGUAUCGCUGGACAUGCUCUUCUCGAUCUCGACAUUCGCUCUGCUCUCGCUUCGCUGAGCCAGAGGAAUGUGACAGCGGGUUUUACUUACUUACGAGAGCAAUGGUAUUUGCUGCACAACUACACACUUUCAUCUUCGUCGCUGCCUCCUUCUCCUUCCACCGUGAACCGUGAAGAAGAUCAAUUAGCCGCAGUAUGGGUGGACGGAUUGACAGUGUGCAAUGACGUGGUUCUUGUCCGCUCCCCUACGGCUGCCACCACCGCAUUCUGGCGUCUCGUUUUCCAACACAGGAUCACCUGUGUGGUCGAUAUGGAACCCUCGUGCUACGAAAUGGAUAGCGACGCAUUUCCAUUUUGGCCUCCGUAUAUCGGCGGUGUAGGAGGCGAUAUGGAAGAAGAGGCUCUAUUUGGCAUUAACGAUACCACCACCGGUACCGCCUUUACCCGUGCACUCGAUGUCAACAGGGUUGUGGAUAGUGAGGGUGAGAUGGUAGUACCACGUCAUACCGGAGCUUGGUUCCACCUUGCUGAAUUUCAGUUAACUCAGGUGGGUCCAUUGGAGGCUUUUCCUCCUCCUCCUCCCUUACCGCCCUCAUCCAAGCGUAAUCGGCGGUGUCGGCGGCAACAACAACAGCAAAAUGACUGCAGAAGAGCAAUUGCAUGUCUCUUCAAACGGUGCAUUGUUAUUCGACGACUCCUGCCGCAGCCACAGCAGCAUGCCUCAGCUCCAAGAAAAGCGGAGUUUCACACGGUGGUUGUGUUCCAUUUUAAGACACCUUGGAGGCAAGGCAGCCAGGUCUAUAAUUAG